AUGCCGCCGCAGCCGGACCCCGGCGCGCUGCGGGCCAAAGGUGAUGCAACGGGCGCCUGGACUCCUCCUGGGGGAACUAGUCUGGCGAGGGACUCGGCAGGAAGCGCCAGGACACCCCUCCUGCUUUUCUGGGUCGUGGUGGCGCUGGCCGUCAUCCUGCCGGCCGUCCGCGCACAGAGGAGCCGCGGACAGAGCCAGGCACGUAGACCCAGCACUGAGGCGCCGAACUACGACGACUACUACUACGACGAAGAGGGCGCCGACGAAGAAGCUGCCUCCAAGAAGCCUGAGAAGUCUUCCUCGUCCCAAAGCCCGUCGCGCGGCUCGAGCGGAAGCAGCGGAACCUCUCGCGGAGGCAAGCCAGAGCCUCCGUCCGACGAGGACUACGAUGCACCGCCGCCGUCGUCGUCCAAGUCCUCGUCUUCCUCGUCAACGGCUAAGCCUUCGUCGUCGUCUUCCUCUAAACACAAGUCUGGAUUGAGUACCGAUACCAAGCCACCGGCACCCAGUGGAGCCUCCGACCCUGCCGGAGAUUCCGGAGCUGAGGAACCACCUCAGAAGAAAGGACCAGUCUCACCCUCGGCGCUGUUCCUCGCACCGCGCAAGAACAGGCUUCACCGCCCCAAUGUUCACUUCGCGGCCAGGCCUCGGCCUACACUUCCGAGCUUCAUCAAGCACCCACCUCCGCUGGGCGCCAUAUCGACCACAGUGACGCCGAAACCGCGCUCAGCGGCUGUCGCCGUCACUGAGGAACCAAAGGUCUCCCGGUCCACGGUCAAGCCCAAGAGUUCUUCGGCGUCCUCCAAGCGGGGCGGUUCCGGCUUCAGCGGUGGUGCGGCUGGAAGGAAACGUGACCGCAGCACGACAGAAUCUCCCGCUUCGACCGACGGUGACCGGAGUAACAGGAGGUUCGGCGGUAACGGCCAGAAGAAAACGGCCAGACCCAGGUUUCGCGCCGGAAGCACCGCGUAAGCUGUGAAGAGUGAGAUUCCGUUCACUGCCCGAAGAGUUUGCUGACCGCUCUUCGUUUUUUUGCCCCAUGAUGCCAGCCAGCCGGGAGAAGGAGUUUACACUCUAUUUGGGGGAGGGGGGACCACAUCGACGGCUGUCCAGUCGACGUUUCUGUUCAUUUUUUCCCCUGUCGCAUGGUUUUUGACUGUCUGUGUGUGCCCACUACGUGUAGAGUUUCUGGGAAUUGCCCGAGUUCCAGCCUGGCGAGGGAUUGCUUGCGUGCGUCUUCGUGGUGACACGGAUACGCGUUAGCCAAUAAAUGUGUUGCAGCUGUGUUCUUUUA